CCUUAUUAUCUAUUGGUAUUAUUCUUGUUUCCUUUUUCUUUUAUUGUAGAACCAGAGAGCUUGUGUUGUUAAAAUGGUAAAACCUAACUCCAAUAAUCCAAAAAAAUUGGUUGAUUCUGUUGAAACCACUCAUCAAAAUCUAACCUUAAAAAACAUGGUUGUUGCUGCUGUUAAGGAUAAAUCUUCAAUUUCAUCUAACAAAGAGAGUGUGACUGUAGAGAACACUACAACAACUCCAGAACAAGGUGUGAAAAAAGGAUGUGGUAGAUCAAAGUUGCAUGAGAUCUGUGCUGCUAACCAUUGGAAGCCUCCUGUGUUUGAAUGUUGUAAAGAGGAAGGCCCAUGUCAUUGCAUAAUGUUUACCUUCAAGGUUAUUAUUGAGAUAAAGAUAAGUAAAGUGUCAAAAAACGUAGAGAUAAGUGAAAAAUCUAAAAACAUUAUAGAGGUUUAUGGAGCUCCUCAUCGAAAAAAGAAAAUGGCAGCGGACGAUGCAGCCGAGGGUGCAUUAUGGUACUUAAAGCAUGUAGGUUUUGGUUUGAAGAAUAAAUAAGUUAAAGUACAAAUUAUUGUAUUAUUAUUGCAUAUCAUCAACAGCCAAGGUUUCCGCUUCAAGAAAGUUAUUUCAUUCUUCGGUGAUGCUAUCUAGACUUGGUUGCCAGUAAUCAGAAGACCAUGCUCUCUUAGGAGAACCUCUUUUUUCUGCCAAAUUUGUCUUCCUCUUCCUAUUUAGUGUAUUGCUAUCACAAAGGUUAGUGCUGCUCGACGGUGUUUUUGUUUCCUUUGUUGCAUCACUGACGUUUGCUUUAGGUACGCCUCCGUUAAAUAGGCGCACAAAGAAUUUAUCAUACGAUGAACCACCAUUUGAUUCAUUUACAUCUAUACUCUGAUUUCUAACAUCUGAUCUGGUUUCUGAUUUGUUGCUCUCAUUUUUUGAAUGUUGCUUAUAGUUAUUAGAUUUCUUUGCAAUACUUUUCUUCCUGAAGAUACAACAAGUAGAGAUCAUACCAUCAUCUUCAGUUGCUGUGCGGGAUUGUGCGUUUCUGGUUUCAUCAAGUAAAGAACCGAUUGUAAUUUCACGAGCAGGAGAGGGAGAGUUCCUUGGAGAAAGACCUUGAAGCUUUCUUAUUGUGCUUAAUGGUACUACAUAGAACUUUUGUCCAAGCGUGAGCACCGUAUCUGGUUCAACAACUGCCCACGGUUGCUGGAAUACAAACGGAUAUGCAACACAGCAUCUCGGAUUGCGGCACAUAAUCUCAGCUGCAGUCACAGGUCUGUCAUGAAUCUCAACACGACCGCCGGGAUGGACAAUUCGGAGAAGCAUGGUCUUUGAAUUAUUAGUACAAAUCCAGCUUGAAGAUGGCAUGGUUUCUAUGUAUCUUGGGAGGAGGAAGAGGUUAAAGUGGGAGCAACUUUCUGUAACCUCAUUGAGAAGCUUUGGAGAAUGGAGAGUAUAAAUAGCUCAUGAAGGUCAACAGAAUAAAACAAAAUUACAUGAUAUGUGGCUUACAUUGUCAUCAUAAAAAAUAAUCUUCUUGGUCUUGGCUGUUACUGAUAUCAUUCAUUGAUACUAUCGUAGCAUUUGUUUCCUAUAUGACAUAGUAGAUUGGAUUUGUAUGCAUAUUUUUUUCUCUUGUUUC